AUGGGGAGGAUGAAGAUUAAAUUGGUGCUUUUGCUAUGCACUACUUUAUUCAUCUCCAUGGCCCAAGCCUCGAAAUUUUGGGAUGACUUCUACGUCAAUUUUGGUGACUGGAAUGUCAACUACCGCAACGAUAAUGCUGACAGUGGGAACAUCGUGGUUAACCUUGGUCUUGACAACACUAGUGGAUCUGGGUUUAGAUCCAAAUACCCGUUUCUUUACGGUCAUAUUGGCAUGAAAUUGAAACUCGUCGGUGGCAAUUCGGCUGGUACGGUCACUUCAUACUACCUUGCCUCGGUGUUUGAGAAAUGGUGUGAGUUGGACUUCGAGUUUCUCGGAAACGUCAGUGGAGAACCGUACAUCCUUCAAACGAAUGUUUUCGCCGAGGGCAAAGGUGACCGAGAGCAGCGCAUCUACCUCUGGUUCGAUCCCACCGAGGACUAUCACUACUACGGCAUUUUGUGGAACCAGAAUCUGAUCCUAUUUAUGGUCGAUGACGUGGUCAUCCGAGUGUUUCACAACAGCAAGGAUCUGGGAAUCCCGUACCUGGAGUACCAGCCCAUGUACGUCUACUCCAGCAUCUGGAACGGAGAACAAUGGGCAACUCGCGGGGGAGCAGACAAGACCGACUGGUCUCUGCAGCCAUUCAUCGCGUCCUACAAGGACUUUGACGUGGAGUCGUGCGCAGUUCACAGCGAAGGCAACGACAAGGAUGACUCGCACAGAUGUUACAACAAGUUAUACAGCAGCUGGUAUGGAGGUGCCGAUGCCGGGAAGCUGACGAACAAACAGAUCGACGACUUGAAGCGGAUCCAAUACAAUUACGUGAUCUACGACUACUGCACGGAUGCUGAACGCUUCGACGAGACAUCCAAGGAGUGCUCCAGGAACUGGCCCCAGAGCUACCCAGCUUGA